CCUGAAAAUAAGAAGAGAAAACUGAACGUUUGUUCUGAAAAAAUUGCAGAAUUUGAUUUAGGACGUUUGUCGGAUAGAAUUCGCAUCAUGAAUUUCCUUCGAAAUAUUUGUCGUCUAUUACCUCUUAUUGCGAAUUUAUGCCCUCCGAGGGAAUCGCCAGAAUUUCAAACAAUUUUUCGACCAAGUGGAACUGUUAUUGAACUUGGAUAUACAAUUAAAAAAAAAUUUGCGGACGAAAGGCGAGUUACUCAUUUAAAAGAAAUUUAUGGAAUGCUAAGCGCAAAUAAUAUUAGAUUUUCCGACAAAUUAGAAUAUGCAUCUACACAUUCUGUUAAUUUGGCACCACGUGGGGAACAACGUGAACCAAAUGAUCUCAAAGAAUUACUGCAGGCAUUAAUUUGUACACUAACUUGUUUGAAG